UUGACACUCAGGGUGCCUUAGGACUGGGUGACGCAAACCACCAGGCACUCAGAGUGGACUGUGUGGUCCCUGUACAGGAGCUCCAGACCCCCACCAGUUCCAGAAGCCACAGCCACCUCACUGGAUGGACAGAUACAGCAACAGGACAAGCCUUGAGAGCUGUGGAUCUGUUUGUUGCUGUUUGGAACAGAGGAUUGCAGUUGAUCAAGUCACUAAUUUAGCUUUUAUUUACCCAGGACAUCUUGAGAGACAUUCUUGUCUUAGUGAGAGAGCAGGACUGCACCAGACCACUGAGAGCGGGAAACAUAUCCCUACCAGACUGAGCAGACGACGGCCAUUUUAAGGGACGCUAAACCGGACUUACACCUGGGUCAAAGGUCAUUCCAAUCAAAGGGGUCCAUAUCUUCUAGAACCCCGGGAAGAGAUUCUGAAGAGUGGCUGUGAUUUGUGGGCUAUAUUGUCAAUGUGGAACAGAGGAAGUGUCACUCUGGAAUCACUGAUUGAUAUGCGGUAGAGACGAUCGUGUGACACAAUCAACAAGAGACUCCUACUACAGACUCAAUUUGUUUUGCCCAUCAGCGUGAGAAGAAGGGAUUGAGACAGACACAGGAAGCCAACAUGGACAUAUUCGGUGGUGCCCCCCGUGUGCUGGGCUACUCGCGCCCCGUGGUGGCACAGUGUGGCACGGACGCCGUCCUGCAAUGCAAGAUCGGCGGGGACCCUUGUCCUGAGGUGGUCUGGGAGAAGAAGAACGUACAGAUCCUGUCGGAGGGACGCUACAGGCUGUCGGAGGAGGGCAAGGCCUACUUCCUACACAUCACUGGGGUCAGGCUGGAGGACGCAGGCCAGUAUAUCUGCAAGGCCAGUAACAGCGUGGGUGAGACGUGCGCACCUGCCACACUGAAGGUGGAGGGGGACAGUCAGGAGCCAGAAGGGAUACAGAAACAGACCUGGCUGGAGAAUGGAGCGUUAGGGGGGCAACGGAAUGCAGAGUUUAAAAGGCAACAGAGCAUCGAGUUGGAGGGGCAACAGAACCAGAAUGGGGAAUAUAGACGGCAAGAGAACAGGGAGUACGGAGGGCAACAGAAUGGGGAUGUAGAGCAGCGGAACGGAGAGGUAGAUCAACAGAAUGGAGAUGUAGAGCAGCGGAACAGAGAGGUAGAUCAACAGAAUGGAGAGGUAGAUCAACAGAAUGGAGCGGUAGAGAAAGAAAAUGGAGAGGUGAGUGAGCGGGGGAAAAAGAAGCAGCACCAUGAAGAGGAGCCCCUGCUGUCAGAUGACAGACCUCACUUCCUCAUCAAGCCCCUCUCCCUGAGGGUGGACCGGGGCGAGGACGCAGCCUUCUCCUGUAAGCUGUCUGGUAACCCUCUGCCCCAGGUGGUGUGGGAGAAGGACGGGAAGAAGCUGAGCGACAUCUUCGAGAGCGCCCACUUCAACGUCAGCAGCCAGGACGGAGGCUGGUUCCAGCUGAAGAUCUUCCGGACGCGGAUGCCCGACGGGGGUGUCUACACCUGCAGAGCCCAUAACAACCAAGGUGGGGCGCUGGCGGGCGCAGUGCUGCUUGUGGAGCCCGUCCCGGAACGGCAGGAGAGCGGGGCGUCCACGUCAAAUGGGUACAGCAACGGGCAGACAUCACCUCGUAGUAUGAGGCACAGGAUGGGGAGACACGGUUCGUCGAGACUGCCGGACGAGCCCAAUCUGAACUCGUCCAAUGUGAAGAAGUUUACGGUGUCGGAGGGGAAACAUGCUAAGUUCCGCUGCUUCGUGACGGGGAAACCUAAGCCUGAGAUCAUCUGGAAGAAAGACGGAGUGCCCCUAGAGGCUGGGAGGCGUCACCUUCUGUUUGAGGAUAGAGAGGGCUACUACACGCUCAAAGUGAUGUACUGUAAACAUCAGGAUACAGGGCUCUACGUGUGUGCUGCAUCCAACGCUCUGGGACACACCCUCAGCUCUGUUUACCUGACUGUCAAAGCUCCAGCGGUGCGGUUCAGGCGGUCGCUGCAAGACGUGGAGGUGAGAGAGAGGGGCAUGGCCGUGUUGGAGUGUGAGGUACCUAAUGAGGGCAUCCCUACAGCCUGGUACCUGGAGGACCAGAGACUGCAGCCAGGGGGUAAAUACGCCAUAGAGCAGAAAGGAAACCAGACACAGGCUCACUAUUCGAGAUGUACAAUUGUUAAAAACUUCCCUCGAAAACUAGACGUGUUGGAGGGGGAGAACGCAGCGUUCUGUGUGGAGGUAGAGGAGGAGGACAUGGAUGUCCACUGGUUCAAAGAUGGGCUGAAGCUACGCGAGAGCCACCAGACUAUUCUCAAGUCCUUUGGUAAAACCCACAUCCUGGUGUUCGAAGUCAACGUCUGCCACGGGGACACUGGGGUCGUGACCUCGUUGUGGGAAGAUCCAAGACCUCGUCCCGGCUCAGAGUCAAAG